CGUUGAAGUUCAAAGUUCAUACAUUACAGUAAAAAUAGGGUUGUCGCUGGCUUGCUGGCUGUGUGUUCGCUGGGAAUAACAAACAGCUCCUUGGUGACAGAACUCAACGGGCGCCACCUCACCGACAACCGGCAGGGGAACCCGAACAUGGCCCUCAGCUGAACGGGGACCGCUUUAAACCUCUUUUAGACCUCUUGUAGGCGGAUUUACAGAACCGCGGCUAGCUGGGGGUGCUAACGUUAGCACGCUAGCUCUCCAGGAGCUCACAGCAGCUGCUGCUAGCUAACAUCAGUGGACUGGUUCUCUUUCACACCUGAGGCUGCAAAUAUGUUCGUCCAGGAGGAGAAGAUCUUCGCUGGGAAAGUGUUGAAAAUACACAUUUGCACCAUGGACGGCACGGAGUGGCUGGAGGAGGUGACAGAAGACACCACUGUUGACAAACUGAAGGAGAAGUGCUUGAAACAUUAUGUACAUGGAAGCCUAGAAGACCCCAAAACUCUUACCCACCAUAAACUCAUACAUGCUGCUACAGAGAGGGUCCUCACUGACACUAAAACUGUUGCAGAUGAGAACCUCAAAGAUAAAGACGUUUUGCUGCUCAUAAAGAAAAGACCACCACCAACCCCUCCAGCGAUGGCAGAAGUUAGUUCAGAAGAAAAAAAGAAACAAGAUAACAAGGCUCCAGACAAAGAUGCAAUCCUGAAAGCCACUGCCAGCCUGUCAACACGCCACACUGACCGCACUGUUACCCAGCAUAACAUCAGAGAUUUUCAGACGGAGCUUAGAAAAAUCCUUGUUUCUCUCAUUGAAGUCGCACAGAAGCUUCUUGCCUUGAACCCUGAUGCUGUAGAACUCUUCAAAAAGGCGAACGCGAUGUUAGAUGAAGAUGAAGAGGACCGGGUAGAUGAAACAGCACUUCAGCAGCUCACAGAGAUGGGUUUCCCUGAGAGCAGAGCCAUCAAAGCUCUUAGAUUAAACCAUAUGUCAGUGACACAGGCAAUGGAGUGGCUUAUUGAGCAUGUAGAUGACCCCUCUGUAGAUGCACCUAUACCAGGCCAGGACUCUUCUGGGGCAGCAGGAGCCACAGCUGCUGCCACACCCUCACCCUCAGCCUCAGCCUCAGCCACAGCCUCAGCCUCAGCCUCAGCCACAGCCACAGCCUCAGCCACAGCCUCAGCCUCAGCCACAGCCUCAGCUUCAGCAUCAGGCUCUUCCCCCACCCCUAAGCUCCUCCGCAGCCUCUCCAGCCAGUUGAGCACAGAGGAGAGCAGCCGACAGGACGAGCUCACAGAGAUCUUUAAGAGGAUCCGCAGGAAACGGGAGUUCAGACCGGACUCUAGAGCUGUCAUCGCGUUGAUGGAGAUGGGGUUUGAUGAAAAGGAGGUGAUUGAUGCUCUGAGGGUGAAUAACAACCUACAGGAUGCCGCGUGUGAGUGGCUGCUGGGAGACAGGAAACCUUCUCCAGAAGAUAUGGACAAAGGCAUCGACACCAACAGUCCGCUGUUCCAGGCCAUCCUCGAGAAUCCAGUGGUCCAGUUGGGUUUAACCAACCCCAAGACUCUGUUAGCGUUUGAAGACAUGCUGGAGAAUCCUCUGAACAGCACCCAGUGGAUGAACGACCCAGAGACUGGCCCCGUCAUGCUCCAAAUAUCCAGAAUCUUCCAGACCCUCAAUCGCACAUAGAGCCUCCUGGUCACCAUGUGAGUCAAAGUAUGAAGGAGGAUCUACACAUGUCUCUGGAAGCCGCUCUGCACUCCUGCACUGCAGUGGACCUCCAUCAUAUCCACAGUGACCAGCUGUCUCAACACCUCAGCGCUUUGCAUUGGCAUGUGUAAUAUAAACCUGUCCCGUCAUAUCUUGAAGCAAACAUUGGGAGAUGAUACAUUUAAAGGAGAAAAUUUGAGUCCACCGCAAAUGAAGACAUCUUUCAGAACGGUCAACAGAAACACAGAAGAACAAAAUUUACUUUGUUGCUUAAGGACACUGAAUAACUGUGGAAGUCACAGGUUACUGUUUUCACUCAGCUUUCAUGAAGGACUGUCCCAGAUUUACAACCUAUGCAAUAUUCUUUCACAGUCUGUUCAUCCAAACAGCCUCGUGGCUACUGGCAUCUAAAUCACUAUUGCAUUAAAGUUAUUUUUUGUGGCUGUA